GCCACCCAAAAGGUGACAGAGGCACAGCUCUGCUGAGGAACUGCCCUCUUGGGCACACGGCGAUGCUUUUCCCGCUGUGGCUCCGUGACCCCAGCGAGCUCUGACCGACAGCAUGAGCAGGGCAUGAGAGCAGCACCCGAAUUAACUCCCCCCACUGAAGCUCCCUGUGAUGAACUGGUGAGCAGAGCCUCCCACACUGAUUCCAGGGCUGCCCUGGCUGCAGGACAGGCGGGAUGGACGCGUUACGAUGAGCACGGAGCCGGRGCACCACCAUGACCAACAGCUCCAACUGCAGCGAGCCAGACCUCAAGCCCUACUACGCCGUGACCUACACGGUGAUCCUGAUCCCCGGGCUCAUCGGGAACACCCUGGCCUUGUGGGUCUUCUACGGCUACAUGAAAGAGACUAAAAGGGCCGUGAUAUUCAUGAUCAAUUUAGCCAUUGCUGACUUAUCGCAGGUGCUGUCCUUGCCCCUGAGGAUUUUUUAUUACCUGACGGGCAGGUGGGAGUUGGGAGGAGGUCUCUGCAUGCUCUGCUUCUACCUGAAGUACGUCAAUAUGUACGCCAGCAUCUAUUUCUUGGUGUGCAUCAGCGUCAGGAGGUACCUGUUCCUCAUGCACCCCUUCAAAUUCAGCGACUGCCGGCGCGUCUGCGAYGUCUACAUCAGCAUCGUGGGCUGGGUCGUGGUCUGCGUGGGCUGCCUGCCCUUCCCACUCCUCAGGCAGCACCAGGAUAACAGCAACACAUGUUUCGUGGAUCUUCCCAUCAAGACACUYGACCUCCCCACCUCCAUCAUGCUGAUGACUCUGGGGGAGUUGGUGGGGUUCGUGAGCCCCCUGCUCAUCAUCCUCUACUGCUCCUGGAAGACAAUCUUGUCACUGAAAGAGAGGAACUCUGCUUCCCGGGACCUGGGCGAGAAGAAGAAGGCUUUAAAGAUGAUCCUCACCUGCGCCCUGGUGUUCCUCAUUUGCUUUGCACCUUACCACAUCAGCUUCCCGCUGGAUUUCUUUGUGAAAACCAGGCAGAUCCGGGAGGGCUGCGUGCAGAUCUCGACGUUCCAUGCUGUGGCUUUGUGCCUGGCCAGCCUCAACUCCUGYGUGGAUCCCAUCAUUUACUACUUCACCACGGAUGAGUUCCGGAGGCGCUUCUCCAGGCAGGACCUGCUGGACAGCAUCCAGCUCCAGCACCUUGGAUAUGGCAGGAAGCACUGCAGGGAUGUGCUCGGGGAGGACACCACGGAAUACCAGAGCUGCCCUUCCCCAGCAGCUGCCAGCACUUCCCAUUUUCAUUAGAUUUUGGCAUUUGCUACAAUUUCUUCCYUCAGGACAUUGGGAAUAAGAAUUCAAACUUGUGUUUUCAGUGAGGGUUGGAAUGAACAAACACCCCCCCUAAAAAACCCAAACCUGAUCAAAAAGGUGUUGAUUUAACACUUCAGUUGCAAAUUUUCACCGAAUAUAAACAAGAGCAUUUCCAUUCCUAAGCUAGGCAGCAGGAGGUCACGGACCCACAGGAGAGGUGCCACCGUGCCCCAUUGUCACCUGUGGCAUCCUCCCACCAUGUGCUGGGUGUGCAUUUCAUCAAGAGGCAGCAAAGAUUUGGGUCUUGCUAUGCAGAGGGAAUUUGAUCCUAAAAAGUCCUGGAUGCCACAAUAUUCUCUGUUCAUAAAGCACAAGACAAUCCAGCAGAGAUUGGCUCUCCAGACAGUUCCAAGAGCCUGCUCCGUGCUGAGCACAGAAUGAGGAGCAGAAGGUGGCCCCAAAGGAGUUCCCAUUUAAAUAAUUAAUGAAGCCUCAUUUUGGGGGGCAGCAAACACCAUCACCCCAAAUCACACAGGCAGCAAAGCUCCCACAUGCUGUUUUUYUGCCAUCAGUUCCCACUUCUGGAUAGAAAGACAAGGUUUGAGCCAUGCCUUGGAUAAGUUUGAACCACAGGAUUGUGCUUGGAGGGUAUUUAUUCAUGCCAGGUGCCCAUCAAGCCUUUCAGGUCCUCUUUUCACUAAAAUGGGGCAAAUUAUUUCCCUUUCCCUAAUAACUGACCCACAGCCAUCCCAUCCACUCCUCAUUUAUAGCAGCAGGAUUCAAACACAAAAGAUCCAAACCUUUCCAAAGUUUGCUGUAAUGGGAACUCCCUGGAAGCAGAGUCAAAGGUGCCAUGAGAGAUUUUUAACUAAGGCUCAAAUAUGGAUSAAUUUUUAAUAAUCAAUUUUUAAUUUAAAGAAUUUUCUUUCAAUUCGAACCACAGAGAUUUUGGGCUUGACUUUGGUAUUUCAUUUGCACCUUCUUGUUAAACAUUAUUUUUUUGUGAUGGAAAUGUUACAUUUUGAAGUGUAAAAUACUGUGACAGUAUCAGUUUUUAUUUAUGCAAAUGUUGUUUUAUAAUUUAUACGAGGGAAAUGCACAUUGUAGGAAAAUUAUGUGAAGCCCAGAGUGUGUCAGAACACAGGAAGUUUUUUUUUUCUUUUAAAAAACUCUUUCAUACAAUUAAAGAAAACUCCACCACCUCUUCCCUACAGGAAUCUGAGCCAGUGCCUGAUGGCUGAGCAAGGACUCAUAAUUCAUGGAAACCACGAAGCACAUUCACAAUGACMAAAGAAAAUA